CAUAAAAAAAAGAAGAACGCGGAAGUAAAUAAACCCACGUGUUGGUUUCUGGAAAAAUGUCGUCCGACAGUGCAGCGACAAAACCUAAACCUGCGUCUUCUCAGAGCGGGGAUCAGAUUCCUUGGAAGAAAAGGAAAGCAGAAAUAAAAGAGAAACGUAAGCAGUGGAAAAAGGCUAAACUCAUCAAACAGUUGGAGAAGCAGAAACAGCGAGAGGAUGCAGAGAGAGCCCAACAGGAGGAAAGCCAGAGUAAGAAAGGUCGAGCUUACACGGUCAGUGUUGCCCUGCCGGGCUCCGUCCUGGACAACGCUCAGUCUCCUGAGCUCAGAACAUACCUAGCGGGACAGAUCGCCCGAGCCUGCGUCGUCUUCAAUGUGGAUGAAAUAGUCGUAUUCGACGAGCAAGGGGAAGAUGUCAAGAGCGUUGAAGGAGAAUUUAAAGGUGUGGGAAAGAGGGGUCAUGCGUGUAUCCAGCUCGCCAGAAUACUUCAGUACAUGGAGUGUCCGCAGUAUCUGCGCAAGUGGUUUUUCCCGAUGCACAAAGAUUUACAAUAUGCAGGUUUGCUCAAUCCUCUAGACAGUCCUCAUCACAUGAGGAUGGAUGAAGAGUCUGAUUACCGGGAAGGAAGGGUCCUCAACAAGCCUCCCAAACAAGGAAAGGGCUCAGUGGUGAAUUGUGGAAUGAGGAAGGACGUCCGGAUAGAUAAACAACUGCAGCCGGAUCUACGAGUUACAGUGAAGCUCAAUAAGACACAGAAUCAAGACAGCAGACUAUAUAAAGGCGUCGUCGUGGCUCCUCAUGUGCCCAGAACAGAGGGUGGUCUGUACUGGGGGUACACAGUCCGCCUGGCAUCAUGUCUGAGUACGGUUUUCACAGAGAGUCCAUUUAAGGAAGGGUAUGACCUGACUGUUGGCACCUCAGAGAGAGGCAGCAGCGUGGACCAAGUCACGCUCUCACCAUUCAAGCACCUUUUGGUGGUUUUUGGAGGUCUCCAGGGUUUGGAAGCCAGCCUGGAUGCAGACCAGAACCUAGAUGUGAGCGACCCCUGCAUCUUAUUUGAUCUCUACCUUAAUACGUGUCCCAGUCAAGGCAGCAGGACCAUCAGAACUGAGGAGGCCAUACUGAUCUCCAUGGCGGCGCUGAGGCCGAAGAUCACGGCUGCUUUUUCUGAUAUUUCCAGUAGUUAAAGAAAAAGUCAGUAAGCAGUUUAAUAAUUAGACCUAUAAAUGUUUGAGAAUGACCUGUAAAUAUCCAUUAACUCAAUAAGUUGUCAGUAAAAUAUUUUUGUCCCUUUUAUACAUUCUCAUUUUAGUGUCUGAAGUCAUUGUACAUAUUUGAAUACAAAUGAACCUGUUAGAUUUAUCAUGUCAUCUGUCUCUGGAAAAACAUUGUUCUGAUGAACUGUA